AUGACCAAAACUAAAUUAAAAACUGGCGACCAAGUAAAAGUUAUUACCGGCAAGCACCGCGGAACAAUUGAUUAUAUUUCCCGUCUCGACUUGAAAGAACAAGUAGUCUAUUUAAAAAAAGUUAGUCGAAAAAAAUACGAUAAAUCCACACCCGAAAAUAAGAAAAAAAGUGAAUUAAAAGAAAUUAUGAUCCCCCUUCAUAUUUCUAAUGAAAGAAAGUACGGAUAA